AAAGCUAUUUUGAUUGUAAUUCAUUAUUCAGCAAGAAGAGUUUAUAAUAGGUGAUUUAUUUAGUUAAAGGAAGAAAGUUUAAGGAAUCCUUAAGGAGAUAAUAGACCUUGUCAAUAAGCAAGCAUUGAAAUAACUGAUAAUUAUUCAUUAACCAGAUAAAAAGAAGGAUAACAUUUUAAAAAGCCCACAUUUUCCUCAAUGCAUGAUGGUGAUAUGUGGUCUGUGGCAUAUACUUGUAUCAAGGUCAUUCCUGGCACUUUCAAACUGCGUUAUUUAAAAACAGAAAAAAAACCCAGCUGUUAGGACAGAAACAUGACUCAGAGUAGCUUAAGCAAUGAAGGAGAUUUAUUGGCCUAUAGUUGGGAAGAACAGGAGUGGAGUGGGUUUUAACUAAAUGGUAUAGAGAUUCUAAUUAUGUUGUCAGGACUCUCUCAUUACCUCAGCUCUGAUUCCCUCUUUCUGUAGGUCCUCUUCUCAUGUAGAUGGCUUUCUUCCAAGUGGUGGUGAUGGUGGUGGUGGUAGAGGGAGCUUUGUGAGGAGGAAGACAUAGUGACAGAAAGUUUCAGAAUUAAGUCAUUCUAAAGGAAAAUGAGAACUUUCUUCCCGCAAAGGCCUUCCCCUCUGAAAUAGCCCUAUCCAGUCCUUCUGUGGAACAUCUGAACAUCUUUUAUUAGUGGAAAUAUUUUCUACACAAUGAAGUCAACAACUUAAUUUAAACCAAUGUUCGUGUGAUUCUGAUUCAUCUGCUGUGGUCCACGAAGCUUGAGAUCUGAGGGGAGUACAGGGUCUUUUGCGAUGACAAUAUGACUAAUAGUAAAGGAAGAUCUAUUACCGAUAAAACAAGUGGUGGUUCAAGUAAUGGAGGAGGUUUUGUAGAUUGGACUUUACGUUUAAACACAAUUCAAUCUGACAAGUUUUUAAAUUUACUCUUGAGUAUGGUUCCGGUAAUUUACCAGAAAAACCAAGAAGACAGGCACAAAAAAGCAAACGGCAUUUGGCAAGAUGGAUUAUCAACUGCAGUACAGACUUUUAGUAAUAGAUCUGAGCAAAACAUGGAGUAUCACAGUUUCUCAGAGCAGUCUUUUCAUGCCAAUAAUGGGCACGCAUCAUCAAGCUGCAGCCAAAAGUAUGAUGACUAUGCCAAUUAUAAUUACUGUGAUGGAAGGGAGACUUCAGAAACCACUGCCAUGUUACAAGAUGAAGAUAUAUCUAGUGAUGGUGAUGAAGAUGCUAUUGUAGAAGUGACCCCAAAAUUACCAAAGGAAUCCAGUGGCAUCAUGGCAUUGCAAAUACUUGUGCCCUUUUUGUUAGCUGGUUUUGGAACAGUUUCAGCUGGCAUGGUACUGGAUAUAGUACAGCACUGGGAGGUGUUCAGAAAAGUUACAGAAGUUUUCAUUUUAGUCCCGGCACUUCUUGGUCUCAAAGGGAACUUGGAAAUGACGUUGGCAUCCAGAUUAUCCACUGCAGUAAAUAUUGGGAAGAUGGAUUCGCCCAUUGAAAAGUGGAACCUAAUAAUUGGCAACCUGGCUUUAAAGCAGGUUCAGGCAACAGUAGUUGGUUUUCUAGCAGCUGUGGCAGCAAUUAUAUUGGGCUGGAUUCCAGAAGGAAAAUAUUACCUUGAUCAUUCCAUACUUUUGUGCUCCAGCAGUGUGGCAACUGCCUUCAUUGCAUCUCUUCUGCAGGGAAUAAUAAUGGUUGGGGUUAUCGUUGGUUCAAAGAAGACUGGUAUAAAUCCUGAUAAUGUUGCUACACCCAUUGCUGCUAGUUUUGGCGACCUUAUAACUCUUGCCAUAUUGGCUUGGAUAAGUCAGGGCUUAUACUCCUGUCUUGAGACCUAUUACUACAUUUCUCCAUUAGUUGGUGUAUUUUUCUUGGCUCUAACUCCUAUUUGGAUUAUAAUAGCUGCCAAACAUCCAGCCACAAGAACAGUUCUCCACUCAGGCUGGGAGCCUGUCAUAACAGCUAUGGUUAUAAGUAGUAUUGGGGGCCUUAUUCUGGACACAACUGUAUCUGACCCAAACUUGGUUGGGAUUGUUGUUUACACGCCAGUUAUUAAUGGUAUUGGUGGUAAUUUGGUGGCCAUUCAGGCUAGCAGGAUUUCUACCUACCUCCAUUUACAUAGCAUUCCAGGAGAAUUGCCUGAUGAACCCAAAGGUUGUUACUACCCAUUUAGAACUUUCUUUGGUCCAGGAGUAAAUAAUAAGUCUGCUCAAGUUCUGCUGCUUUUAGUGAUUCCUGGACAUUUAAUUUUCCUCUACACUAUUCAUUUGAUGAAAAGUGGUCAUACUUCUUUAACUAUAAUCUUCAUAGUAGUGUAUUUAUUUGCUGCUGUGCUACAGGUAUUUACCUUGCUGUGGAUUGCUGACUGGAUGGUCCAUCACUUCUGGAGGAAAGGAAAGGACCCGGAUAGUUUCUCUAUCCCCUACCUAACAGCAUUGGGUGAUCUGCUCGGGACAGCUCUGUUAGCCUUAAGUUUUCAUUUUCUUUGGCUUAUUGGAGAUCGAGAUGGAGAUGUUGGAGACUAAUAAAUUCUACAAACUGCUCUCAAGUUACCAAUGAAGAAAAUACACGACAACCACUUAUGGCUCUUUUUCAAAACUCUUAAAUCAGUGGUUUGACUUUUGCCAGGGUAAUCUUCUGUUGGCCCUGAUUCAAUUAAAUGGCCUUAAUUUUUUUUUAAGGAAUUUGUGUCAAAACCAGAAUGAAGAGUAUUUGUGCUGCUUUUCAUAGAAUAAAUAAUUUGACAUAGACAUAGAUAUAAGCUCUAGCUCUGAAAUUAAUUAGGAAAGAAUAUAGGAUGUUUAUAGUGAAUAAUUUAAAAACCACAAACAUAGCAGAAAUGUACUGUAUUAUUUAAUUUGUAAUGCAGGAUUAGAAGAAGCAGAGCUCUAGUUUAGCCUUUCUUGUCUCACAGAUGUGCUGUAUCCCAGGCAUACUAUAAAGCGAAGGGUACCCAGCCAAGCUUUGAAUUGUAUUAACAAUGCCCACCUCUAUGCUAACUGAGGAUAAAUUUACCAAUUGCUCAUAUUUAAACUGACCUAAAUAGUUUUGCUGAGCAUAAGAUAAAGUCACUUUUACCUCCAUCUAAAAUUACCCUGUGCUGAUGCCAAUUCAAUUUCAUUUCUGCAAGUUCUUGUCAGGCUAACCUUUAAACAUCGAGUGAUCUUGAGAGAUUGUUAAUGAGAGCAGUGGGUUAUUUUUUGAUCAUUGAUUUGUUGGAAAAAUGUUGAAGUGUUUUAAAAAAUGUAAUCUUCAAAAACAGAAGAUAACCUGAGAUGCAUUUGUAGAGACAAGAUGGUAUGAGAAAUUUUGUGUGUGUGUGUGUGUGUGUGUGUGUGUGUGAGAGAGAGAGUGUGUGGGAGAGAGACAGAGACUUUUGAUGAAGAACUAAAUCUUGGAUUGCUGAUAGCAAAGGUCAUAGUGCUGUUGGAAUAUCAGCAAUAUAGUUAUUCUUAAACACAUUUUAUUGACAUGUUUUUGUCAUUUGGUCCAAAAAUUUUGCUACUGACCAGAAUUUACUAUUUGUUACCUAUAUUCUUUUCUUUUCUUUUUGAGGCAGAGUCUUGCUCUGUCACCCAGGCUGGAAUGCAGUGGUGUGAUCUUGGCUCACUGCAACUUCCGCCUCCUGGGUUCAAGUGAUUCUCCUGCCUCAGCCUCCUGAGUAGCUGGGAUUACAGGAAUGUGCCACCACGCCCAGCUAAUUUGUUACCUACACUGUAAUUAAUAAUUUCUUAUUUUAAAAAGUGGUACUAUUUAAUAUAAUAAAGAUAGGAGAUUGAAAAUGAGCAAGUGAUUCAUUUGCUCUUUUAAAGAAGCCCAUGACUUACCCUUUUAAAGAAGAAGUUGGUGGGUUACCUCAAUUAUUGUUCAUGCUUAAACAUAUCCAUUUGUACAGGCUUAUUUCUACAUGGGACCCUAUCAUAUAUACUAUAUUUCUCAAAUAUUUUUUCUAAAACUCUGGCCUAUAUUCUAAACACUUGACCAACACCUUAGUUAUUGAAUAGGUAACCAUUUUUAAAGCACGUGUAGUUCAUUUUUUAAAAUUCAAUCUCAAGACCGUUAGAUAUUUAAUAAUUUAAGCUGAUAAGGGUAUCAAAAUGCACAUUAACUUCGAUCAUCAUGAUUUAAGUUGUAACUUUGUGUUAUACAAAUAUUAGGUUGUUUAUAAAUAUAUUGGGAAAAGUAUUCUUGUUAAGCUCUUUUAAAUGAGGGUACUGUGGUUUAGAGUUAUAUAUUUUUGCUUAUUUUUAAAACUUUAUUCCAUUCUGCCUUAUAAUGAAACUUUUAAGGCAGAGAACUGAACUAAUUAUAGAAUUUCUCCUUUGGAGAGUUGUAAUGUCACAUAGUGAACAUUCUUAUAAAAGAAAGAAUAAGUUUAAGUUGAUGAAUAUUUAGCUGUAAAGAUUUUUUACUUAAAAAAAAUCCAUGAAUAAUAUCUUUGAUUUUAUUGUAAAGCAUUUGUAAAUUAUUUACAUUUUGGCUAUAUGAUUCAUAAACAUUUACGUUUCCCAAUGAUUUCUAUUUUGAUUUUUUAAAAAUAUACAGGGCAAGCUACGUUUGAAAAGCAUUAAUCAACAACUUUAUUGUAUUACACAUUCCAGUACACAUUCCAGCACACAAUAUCAUUUAAUACUCACAGUAGUACCUGUGAAAUAUGUCAGAUGGAUGUUCCUAUGUCUGUUUUACAUCAGAGGAAACCGACAUUCAGAGAACUUGCAUUUCUAAGAUUGUACCACUACAAAAUGACCAAAUUGUGAAGUCCCUAACAUCCAGGUUUUCAUAAUGCCAGUACUCUUUCUAUGACACGUUUAUGACCCUCCAAAUAUACCAGGACUACCUAACUACUUCACCGAGAGGAAGCCAACUGGAAAAACAGAAUUUUUACAAGUACAAUAGAGUAUUACUACAUCUUUUCAAUUUCAGACAAAGAAAUCUCCAUUUAUUAUAUCCUGAUGUUGAGUAUUGCCAGCUCGAAAUUAUUCAUAGUCCUAAGACAAGGAAAAUAUAGGUAAAUGAAAAUAUUAAAAUAAAGAACAAUGCCUUAAUUUGUAAAAUCUAUCAUUGCUACCACCCUGCCCAGGUCUGGCCAUUUGCCAUAAAUGCUGUUAAAUAAAUAUAAUGACUGACAGCGUUCUGUCUCCUUUCUCUUUUGCUACCCAACCUUGGUUAGAGCAACCAAAUGCCUAAAAGGCAUGUAAUAGAAGAAAAAAAAAAUUAGUUACCAAUUCACUGAUUAUAAAAGGGAUGUAGAUUCCUUUAAAUUAUGACUGACCUUUUGAAAGCCUUCACAUAAGUAAGCAACAGAUAAAAUGACUCAUUUACCCACAACAGUCAUCUAGUAUUAGUCUUAAGUAGUGUUAAUUCACUAUCUUUUUAUACAACAUAAAAACUUCUGCUUUCCAAACUUCUUCCUUUUCACUAAUUUAUCAGCCACUUUAUUUAUACACAGAUAACACUUUUAAAAACAUUUUUCUUUCUUCCCCAUUUUUUUUCUUUCAAAAAUAAAAUUUCUUAGAACCUGAUAAAAUGGAAACUUAUGGUAAUAUAUCUUCUGGGAGAUGUCCAAAAAUUCCACACCAUAAACUAUCAAUGAUGUAGCCAAAUAAAGGCCAUUCAAAAAAAUCUUUCAGUAACUGGGCUUCCUUGCCUUAUAUCUGUGGUAUAAUGUACCCAUUUAUAAUGGGGUUCUGCCAUCUUCGAAUUGUUUUAAACUCAAAUAAGAAUAAAAUUUAAGAAAUAAUUACCCAGUCUUGUUAUGCUUACUUCUUGAUGAAUUAGAGAACAUCAAGCCAGUGUGGAAAUCUCCCAGAGGAGACUGGGGUAAUUUAUGUAUACAUAUGAUACCUCCAAUGCAUUGCUUUGCUACUUUUUGACAGUCAAAUACUCUCCUCAUUUCCUCACUCUUCUCAUUAUCCAACUUACAUUGCUUGGUUCAUCAAUCCAUACAUCUGCAACUGCCUCUCUCAUGCUGGCAGGACAGAACACAAACUCUGGAUAAAGACACCUCUCUCUGUUUUGCCUGUACCUGAGUGCUCAAUAUGGCUCAUGAAAAACACACAACUCCUCUGACAGAUGUUUAAAUUUAUAACCUCAGAUAUCAAGUUAACCCUCAACUACCCAGCAACCUACUCUAUUUCUCUAAUGACUUUACUUUCUGAGACAGGUCUUUGUCCCUAGCACUUUACUGAAACCAAACUUGUUGUCAACCUAGAUAGUAAACAGAGAUAAGGUUUCUAAAAGGAAAUGAUAUUCAGGAAUUGCAAUGUGAAUACACGUGCCACAGUGUUCUCAUUGCAUAUGAACUACCUGCAUAUUCAGGGAGGUAAAGGAAGGAGGAUGUUUUUAAAGAAGGAUUAUGAGUUAUUUUGAGAUAAUUAUCCUUGGCUACAAGGAUCGAUAGCAAGCAUGAUGCCAGUCUGAGGUUGAACAGGCAUUUGCUGGGCAGAUACUCUCACAGAAGUAUUUUUUGUGUGUAAGGUUGCAAUGGCCUUUGUACAACGUUGUGGUUUUUGCAGUCUUUUGUGAUAGUUUUUGUUAUUGGGCAUUUAUGCAUGAGAAACCUUUCUUCACAGCCUUCUCUGGCUCUAUUUGUCAGAGUUUUAUUAACACAAGUGACUCCAUUAUGUUUCUGACAAGUUUCACAUUUCCCCCUUUUGAUCAAGAUAUUUCUCCAAAAGCAUCACUGACCAACCAUCCUGUAUUCAGGUGUUGAUAUCCCCUGGUGCCAGGAUGGGCCUGCCCUGGGUUGCUGAUCUGGUCCUAUGUUAGAGGAAGUGAAUGGUGGCUAGGAGUCAGUGUCAAAACCCUAUUAUCCACAUUUGAGCAACAAGGGAGGUUUGCAGGGAGUGGAUCUCAGGCUAAGUCUACCUGGAGUCCAUUAUUAAGUUCAGUUUUUUCUGUUCCAUAGUCGUUUGCUGUUGUCUCAAAGUGCUGGGCCAGCAUUGUUCUGUUAGGAGUUCUACUUCUGCAAAAAUUUAACAAGUAAUAGUGCAAACUUUAAAAAGGAAAUAAUAGUAAUAUGAAAAUCCCAGUUUGCAUAUUGGUUUUGAGCUGUGAAUCUAGGCUUAAAAGCAACCAAUUGAAUGAAGGAAAUGACCAUAGGGAAUUAGGUAAGACCUGUUGUAACCAUGUGGCUAUGUUUUUAUUUUGCUUAUAUGGGUUUCAACUUUCCCAGAGGGAUUUACCGGGUACAGCACGUAAUAUUUGCAAUAGCACAGACAUUUUCUUAUUUAGCCAAUAAAUAAUAUAAAGCUAUUCAUCAUCUAGUAUCCCAUGACUGGGUUGAAUUAAAGCAAAAGGUGAGCACUAAUUGUAUUAAGGAUAUUGCCAAAGUCACCCAAUAAGUGGGCUAAGGAAUCUUUUAGAUGAUUAGUUUCUGUCUAGUUACUAGCAGAAGCUACUGAUUAAGAAAUUUAAAUUACACCAUUAUCC